UUUCGAAUGCAUUUGAAGGCCCCUACGACCAAUAGAAGUGGACAAGGUAUAUAAGCUGUAUAUCUGGACCGAGAAGAUCAGUCAGAAGGUUCCUGAGGCCGUAACAGACGCAUUUAAAAAAUUAAUCAUGUUCAAGUUGUUCGUUGUUGCUGCUCUUGUUGCUGUGGCGGUUGCAGAAUACCCUCAUACUGGUGGUCAUUAUCUAGCCGCAUCUCAUCCAGUUUAUAGUAUACACGAAAAAACAAUUGAAUCUCAUGGAAAUUCAGUUGUACACUCCAGUGCACCAGUAGUUCACACUGUUCCUGUUGUACCUGUUGUCCCUUAUGUUGAACAUAAAAAAUUGUACUACAAAUCAGUACCAACUCAUGUCAUUUCUGAAAAAACCGUUUCAAAUCAUGGCCACAGCAUUGUACACAACGCACAACCCGUGAUUUCAUCUGUAUAUGUUGCCCCAGCUCAUUACGUUUAAAAAUCAAUAGUUUAAUAAUUUAAAAAAUUUUAUUAUUAUUUUUAGCAUGAUAAUUUUUGUAGUUUUAUUAGGAGUCUAAAGAAGUCUUAUUAAUUUGCAAAUUUAUCAUGUUAUUAUAAUUUUUAAAUGACAGUCUCAUGAGCCUCUGAGAGGUCGUAAAUUUUCACUUUGCGUUUGUUUGAACCUGAUGACACUUCUUAUAUUUUAUAAAUGUUUAUUUCUGUUUUUAAUUGAAUAAAAAUUGUUUUUUACUUUCAAUAAAAAAUGUUUUUUUUUAAAUAAAUAAUUAUUUUUAUGACCGAUUGAAU